CUGGGUUGGGACAGAACACAAGCCCCCUUUGUGUUCCCUUCCAGGCCCCUAGCUCCAAGAGCGUGUCUGCCAAGAGCUCAGGCCCUUCCGCCUCCACCUCCUCAAGGAUCCUUCUGGAGCAUCAGGAGGGGAUCUGUUGCCCUGUCCCCAACCAAGCCUCCACUGUGUCUGCAGGGUAGAGGUGUAAGGAGGGCUGGAAGGGUGAGUGAAGUGGGUGCAGCAUCCAUCAAUGGGGCUUGGCAUCUAUGAGCCUCCCUAGGGAGACAGUGCAGUACUGAGAUCCAAGUGCAGGUAUGCAGGUCAGAGAUCCCCUUCCUAGCCCCCACUAAAGAUAGCUAUUGACGAGAACCCCUACACUCUUGUCCAGCCAACCAGGAAUCAAGCUGCACUUGCUCCAGGGUAAGGAGUAUGUACAGGGUCAGCAGACUGUGUGAGAGAGCGGAUAAUGUCUGCUCUGUGAGCCCAAAACAGUGCAGACAGCAAACACAUGCUCUCAACCUUGGGAUGAGGAAGGCAUAAAGAUUAUAGAAAUCUUUUCUUUUCCUUUUUCUUUCUUUUUUCCUGGCAGAUGUGGUAGUGCAGGUCUUUAAUCCCAGCUCUGAGGAGGCAGGGGCAGAUGGAUCUCUGGGAGUAGGAGGCUAAGCAGCCUAUAUAGUGAGUCUAGGCCAGCCAGGGCUACAUAGUAAGACCUUGUAUUCAAAAGGGGGAAAGAUUUAUUUUAAUUACGUGUGCAUGUGCGUGUAUGCGCACAUGUCCAAGCGGGGGCAGGAGGUGUUAUAUUCAUGUGAGUCUAGGUAUCUUUGGAAGCCAGAAGAAGCCAUCUAAUCUCUGGGAGCUAGAAUUGUAAGUGGUAGGCGCCACCUGAUGUGGCUGCUGGGAACCCAAUCUGUUCCUCUGUAAGAGCAGUCCGUGCUCUCAACCUUGGAGGCACUAGUCACUUCAACCCUGAAAACUGUCAUGAGUCACAAAAUAUUUUUCUGCUUUUUCACUUUUUAUGAUGAUUAUAAGACAGUGAAAAACAUUCUCAGCUCAGAAACACAAGGCAGGCCAGUGUGGCCUUUGAAGGUCUAGCUCUCUCACCCCUUGAUAGGUAUUAGUAGUUCCUCCUGACUCAGGAAAUGGAGGUUCCUUCCCGUUCUGUAGCCCAUCCCUCAUCCCCAGGAGACCAGGGUCUCUAGUUCCUGGCAAGGCCAUUUUUUUUUGCAAGUUGUUGUAACACACGAGGGCAUCAAGACACAUUGACUUGCUCUCAAUCCAUUCACCGAGGAGAGAGGCAGUGCGUGACAUCACACCCCUUCUCAUGACUCCUCAGAGCUCUGGAGCAGGGGAUCGCCAUGGUAUCGGCCUUCUGUUGUCAUGGUAUCGGCCUUCUGUUGCCCUAGAGACACACAUCUGCUCUUUCUAGGCUUAUGUCCUUUCCAUAGAAUGACCCUGACCUGCACGUCAUAGACAUCUGGUACUUAGAUGGAAGAUCUCUGUGGAUUCUUACAGAAACACUGAAGAUUUUCUGUAAUUCUCUGAUUUUCCAGAUAUAAACAGAUGAAAGGCUGGAGGCACAGCAGAGACCCAACUCAUCCAUCGCAUCCCUCAUGAAGCUGGGCUUUGUGUCAAGUCUGGCUUCCAUACUGUAUCAACAGUCAUGCCCUUGUACUAUCUCCAGAGACCCUGAGGAUGCCCUUCCUAAAAUCGCUUUCUGCCCCAGGAAAACUCCAGGUGUGGAACACCAGACCUUUAGUCACAACAUUCGGGAAGCAGAGGCAGAUCUCUAUGAAUUCAAGGGGCCCAAGAAGCUCCAGGAGCAUAUAAGGGGAGGGGAAAGAGAUCCAGGCACAAGAUCACCAAGGUGAAUUCUCCCAGCCAGAUUUUCAGAUGUUCCAGCUGGAGGCCAUGCUGCCCUUACUGAUUCUUGCCUUCUUGGGGACCCCCGCCGUUUUGACACAAAGUAGAUAUCAUGGCUCAGAAACUGGAAAACAUUUCUGUAUUGUUGCACCCGAAGGAGAACCUGUAACAGGAAUUUGGGCAAGUUUGAAGAAUAACAUUCUUAGUAGCAUUCGGCUUAAGUUUGGCAACAACUGGAGUCAAGAAUAUGGCUCUUCUGGAAGGGCUGAGAUUGAAGUCAAGCUGAACCCUGAUGAGACUGUCCUUGGGUUCUCCGGAUCAUUCUAUAUCUUUAUGCAUCAAAUAAUCAUUACUACUAGCCAGCCUCGGGAGUUAAUAAUAGGGCCUUUGACGGGUAGAUAUGUGUACACUAGCUAUCCUGAAAAUCCCAACCAUGUGUUCAGGGGCAUUUGUGGCUAUUAUGUGACAGGUGGGUUAAAGGGCAUGAGGUAUUUGUGGGGAAAUGUAAACGGUACAUGUACAGAGUAAGGUAUAUGGCCACUGAAACUGAAGUGUCAGGUACUUCCAAACUGAAUCCACUAAUAAAUACAACAUCUGCAUGAA